AUGCCGUCCUUAGGCUUCGUCCCGGGAAUCGCCCCACUCAUCUCGUCAACUGGCACUUCCGGUCUCUGCAAACCACGACCCAUCCGUCGCCCUCGGCCCUCAGCUUUGCGCCGAAAACAAGUCAUCGCGACUGCCCAGCCCCCUGGUGCCUCGUCCGUCGAUUCGAAUGAGAGCACUUCUCCACCCCCCGGAUCCAAGCCAGCCAAACGUGUUGGACUCGUCACAAUUCUGCUUGUCGUCGGCGCAAUAUUAUGGGCUCUCCUCAUUAGCGCCGUCAUGUUCGUCACCCGUUUACUCCGCUUUCCCUCUGACAAGAAUCAAAAAUGGUCCGCUUCCUUAACCUUGCUAUGGAUGCGCGAUAUUAUGCGCACCGCAUUCGUCCGCGUCAAAGUGCAUGGACGCGAGAAUCUCCCGUCUGCCGCCUCUCUCGUUGUGGCCAACUCCCAAUCUCCCCUUGAUAUGUUUGCCCUUGCCUUCCUACGCCUCGACCUCCGAUUCAUGGCCCCGACUCGUGCCUUUACGCUUCCCAUUCUCGGAUGGAUGCUUGCUCGCGCUGGCUGGAUCGGCGUUGGUGGCGUCGAUAGGAAGAGUCAAAUGAAGACCUUGGGUGACAUCGGCUCGAAGCUUACGGAGGGAAGUAGUGUCGCUAUCUUUCCAGAGGGUAGCAUGAAUCAGUCUGGCGUCAUGAAAAGGUUCCCCAGUAUAGCUUUCAGACCCGCUCGAAAGAGUGGGGUCCCCAUUGUUCCGGUUACCAUACACGGGGGUGGGUCUAUGGGCGAGGGCUUAGUCCCGUAUAAGUAUCCAAAGGACGGCAUUCAGGUUACCAUUCAUCCACCAAUUUCACUGGAUUCAGGAUCAGACAAGGAAAUUGCGCAACAAGCCUACGAAGUUGUACGAUCAGGCCUUCCAGCACACUUACAUUAA